ACAAUGAAUUAUUGUUUUCCUCUUUUUUUAUUAACCUUUUUGUCAUAUCUGUCCAAUUGUAUGGCUGUCAACUACUGUCCUCUUCGAGAGACGGCUACCACUAAGUUGGAUGCUCUUCGGUCUAAAAAUUUUUAUGAAUGUCCCGGAAAUUUGCCAAAACAUUACAGUGAGUGCUGUAAUGAUAACAAGUGCUGUCCUUCACUCACCACAAGUAUCUAUGAGAUCGACCAAAAUUUGGCUCUUAUGAUAGCCAUAACAGUAACGAUAGUAAGUCUGGUAUUUGCCAUCUUUUUGGUGGUCUGUUGUUUUUGUCCGACUUGUCCUCUCUAUAAUUCAUGCAAAAUGCGUUACACCAGAGACUAUGCGGGUUGUGCACAUAAAAUGGGCGAAACACCUCUUUAUUCAUCGAUGAUGCCGUGUGAGUCACCCGUCGGCAGUACUGUUGUUAUUGCACAUCCAUUGAGGGACAAACCAAACGGCUAUAUCAACGAUAACAAAGCUAAAGAGGCAGCCGUUUGA